CACGGUGUCCAGGGAGCUGCUGACCGCAGGGAGCCAGGAUUCAGGAAGUAUCUGGGACCAGUUGCUUAUCAGCUCUAAGCCUCAUCCCAGGAAGACCUCUACUCUUCAAACAGUUCGGAUGCAGAGGAGCCCUUUGUUAGACCAAGUUCAGGCCUUUCUCCCACAAAUGGCCCAGGCAAAUGAAAAGCUACGUAAGGAAAUGGCAGUUGCUCCAGUUGAUCGCUUCAAUAUUGAAAAUAUUGAUGGGACAUCCGGAAACAUCAUACAGAUGGAUGUGGCCUUAUUUGAGAUGAAUCAGUCAGAUUCAAAAGAAGAGGAGAGCUCAGAAGAGAGCUCACAGGAUGGGUCUGAGAACAGUGCAGAGUCUGAAGAUGAAGACUGCAUCCCCUCUGAAGUCACCAUAGACAACAUAAAGCUUCCACAUGCAGAAGGUGGCAGAGGCAAGAUUGAGGUUUUAGACAGUCCGGCAAGUAAAAAAAAGAAGCAGUGAGAUAGACCAAUGAAAAGAGGCAGGUGCUCUCCACCUGUGACUUGUGGGGGAAGGUGGUUCCUGGGGUGAUGGGCUUCAGGGUCCCUGUGGUACCCUUUAAGUGUCAAAACGAAAACUUCAUUAAUCUGGGCAUCUUCUAAAUAGAAAGUGACCAGAGCUUGACUGCAGAGAGGGUAGUGCCCUUGGACAUUGAGACAUGAAAUACGGAAGAAGUAACUUGAUUUGUUACAUGCAGGCAUUUGCCCAAGUUGACAUGGUCUGCACAGUGGCCUGCGACUCCGUGAAGCUCAUCUAUUGUGAAGCUAAAAUAAGGCUCUUGGUUACAAAAUUAGGUACCAAGGCAGAUCGCAGUUCCUUGUAAGGGAACUGGGUACUAGAGACCACCCAGGAUAAUGGCACUCUGCCAUUUAAGGUGUGAUAGUGGCUAUAUUUUAUUCAAGGAAAUCAAAGCUGCCUCUUAAAGAUUUGUAAGGUGCAGCAUUCAAGUCCAGUAAGGGCAGACUGAUCUUUGCUCUUACUGUAAAGAGGUUUAGUGUUUACAAAUCUAUAUCUGUGCUAUAUCACUGUGUUGCUGUAUGAAUAUGAAUUCAUGUAAACAUUUCCUUCAAAUUGUAAUGGUACUGACACCUUAUAGGAUGACUCCAUUUCUCCAGUUGGUUAUCUUACAGUGGUGGGUGGCUUGAGUAGCUGUUCUGCCUCACCAGUCAGGAUUGUUUUAUCAGGGCUAGCAAGUGCCAGAGGUGGGAGGGUGAGCCAUGCCUCCAGGAGGCUACUUGAGUAUAUGAACCAUGCCCCUGUUACCUGGAGGACAUGGUAACAGCGCUCUCGCACUUAUCCCAGUGGUUUGACAUCCUGUGUGUUGAAGCUUACAUCCUUGCUGCCUCUAAGCCAGGGUCUCUGGUUGGUCCUCCUGGCAGCUGCUCCUCCACAGUAAGACAGGUUAGGGUAUUAGGCCUGGACCUAGUUUCCUACCCUCCGGCUCUUACACCUUCCUGCACCUUCUUCCUCCUUAGUCCCUGAGCCUUAGAAAGAAGUAUUAUGCCACACAAGAGGAAAGACUGCAGCUGUGGAUGCAUACUCCUAAAGUGAUACAGGCUGUCAGUGCUGCUGUGCCAACGCAGGCUGUCAGAAGGGCACACAGCUCCAUGGUACUGACCUAAGCCAGUGGUCAUAAGCAUCCUGCAGGUCUGUGUAAGAAUCAUGUCCUAAUUGGGUUUUCUAGUGCUGCACACAGAUCCUGAGUAUAGCUGUGCAUAUACCCAGGGCCAGUCUGUAGCCUGUCUCUUGACUUAAGAAACAACUGUGGAGGUAUGGUUAAGAACUUGACAAUACUCUUAGCCCCAGGACUUUGCUUAUGUUGCUAAUACAGGGCCCCUGCUUAGGGACUAAAUACAUAAGUAGGUGUUCCUGUGACAAACAUGGUGGCUUCACAUCUUGGUGAGUGCCAAGCUACAGAGCCACAGCUGAGGCAUAACACUAAAGCAUUCUUUUUUUGGGGGGUGGGGUCCUGAGACAGGAUUUCUCUGUGUAGCCCUAGUUGUCCUGGAACUAGCUCUUGUAGACCAGGCUAGCCUCGAACUCAGAGAUCUACCUGCCUCUGCCUCUUGAGUGCUAGGAUUAUAGGUGUGUGUCACUACUGCUGAGCUGAGUAAAGCAUUCUUAUUACCAUGUACAGGACAACAAAGGUCAUAAGUAGUUCUGAAACUGGACAUGCUCCCACCAACAAAGAGACGCUAGGUACUUCAUUUGGGAAGCUUAUACAUAAUCAUACAGGGAAGGCAUGUUGGAGACCGAUACAUUUCUUCCAGAGCAUACUCAGUUAUAGUUGUAGCUCAAAGAGGAAAGGUGACAGAUAGGAGGGAGCAUCCUUGAGGGGAAGCCUACAUUGUGAAGAUGGUUGGGGAAAGUCCUGGGGUGCUCUUAGGCCUGCAUCACAAACACUGGGUGAGUGUCAGUGGCUGCUUUGGGAUAAUGCAAGGCUGGAAAAGGUGGCUGACAGCUCAGAGAGGGAUUUGGAGGAGUUCCCUCAUAAUACAAAUGUUUGCUCUUUAUUGCACCUGUAGUACCCUUUUGAAACUCUUGAGGCAGCCACCAUGCCAAUCGUAGUGUCUGAUUCUGUCUUUUUAGGCACAAUGAGCAUUAAUCAUAUAAAUGCCCAUUUUGGCAUUAGUUUCAAUUUCAUGAUGCCCAGAAGGUAGCGGGUUUAGGCCCGGUUGUAGUUUGCUCUCUACUAGAAGCAAAUGUUUAGAACAGGAGGCAGAGAGUGAGACUGGGCCUGGCUGGGCUUUUGAAAACUCAAAGCCCACCCCCAGUGACACACUUUUUCCAACAAGGCCACACCUCCUAACACUAAACGGUUCCGCCAACUAGGACCCAACAUUGAGAUGUAUAAGGACCAUUCUCAUUUAAACCACAGUAAUUGAUUGGGUAUAUACAUAUUUAGCAAAGCAGUGGUGGUAGUCUUGUCGUUUGGGUAUACCGUUUUAGCCCCAAGUUUCUGACCUGAGUUUAAACAUGAGGAGGCUGGACAUAAAACUGGAAGAAUGACUGUACCUGUGCUGAUUGCAUCACCACUGAACAUGCUGUUCCAUGUGUAACAAGCAGAUGGUGGAAUACUUGGGUUCCUUUGCCAAGGGAGGCUGUAGGAAUGGGCUCCCCCUUGUGGCCUAUCUGGAUAGUAGCCCCUGAUGCUAACCACAGGGAUGGAGCAGUGUAUCCUGGUUUAAGCCCAGGUUGGUCUCCUAAGUCAGAGUAUGUGGCAUCUUCAGAAGUUGGGGAAGACCUCUGGUAUACCUCUGUAUACCUCUGGUAUACACCCAAGUAUAGUGACAAUAGUAGGUACCGUGUAGGGUCUUUUGGGGUCUAUUUCCCUGGCCAACAACUCCUAGGAAGGUAGACCACCACUGGCAUUGGAGUUUUAUUUAACAGCCUUGUGGUUCUGGAAGCACCAUUUAUGCACAUGGGUUGUCAUUUUUUAGGCAUCAGCUGCCACUUAAGUGUUUGUGCCAUCUCUGUAGUCUAAUUUUCUGGCACCUUAGAGACUUGACAAAAAGCUCUCCAACAUCCCUUUUCAGACAUGGUUUUACAAUCAGUAAAGCAGACCCUGCUGGAUCCCCCUGGCUUCAGGGUUUCUCUCUUUGGCAAGCAGUUGCUCCAGUAUUGUGGGUAUUGGGUUUACACCCCACUGUGACAGGUAUAUCACUGAAAUUGUCUGUUCAGGUGGGUUAGGCCUUAGGACCAGUUACAUCGAAGGUAAACAUUAGGGCACUAGGCACACGGUUGUUUAAGCCGUCCCACAGGACUCUUAAGUUGAUUCAAAACUUUGAGGGACAGGGUCAUGUUGGGGGAGUUGGAGAAUAUUGGAGUGCAGGUGAUCAAGGUGGAUUGUAUGAAAUUGUCAAAAAAUAAAUAUUUUUGAAAAAAUAUUUAAAGCAUCUGGUGGCACAUUCUGUAGUCCUAGCAUUCAGGCUGAGACAGGAGGAUUGAGAAUUGAGGCCAGCCUGAGCUGUACAGCAAUACCGAGUCUGCAAGGAGAAAUGGCCAUGGAUCCCCCUUGUGUCCUAAUUUCAUGCCGUCCCAUCAGGUUAUGCAGGGAUGGGCAAUUGGGGGGGGGGUGUUAAUUGGUGCCCCAGAAGUCCAUUGCUGCAAGGCUGCUGCAGGACUUUUGUAGUGACCCUAUCAUACUGGUUAUUCACUAGCUAUUAUGUCUAUCUACAAAACCACAAUGUUGCUCCUAUUUGAAUAAAUGUGUUCUCCAUCUUCCCCACCCUCUCAGUA